UUCAGUCUGUCCUGCGCUCCCGCGCUGCCGGCAUGACCGACACUCUGCUGCCCGCGGCCCCCCAGCCGCUGGAGAAGGAGGGCGACGGCUACUUUCGGAAGGGUUGCAAUCCCCUCGCACAGACUGGCCGGAGCAAACUGCAGAAUCAGAGGGCUGCCUUGAACCAGCAGAUCCUGAAAGCCGUGCGGAUGAGAACGGGAGCGGAGAACCUUCUGAAAGCAGCCACUAACCAAAAGGUACGGGAGCAGGUGCGCCUGGAACUGAGCUUCUUGAACUCAGACCUGCAAAUGCUUAAGGAAGAGCUGGAGGGGCUCAACAUCUCGGUGGGAGUCUAUCAGAGCACAGAGGAGGCAUUUACGAUUCCCCUGAUUCCACUUGGCCUGAAGGAAACCAAGGACGUUGAUUUUUCAGUCGUUCUUAAGGAUUUUAUUCUGGAACAUUACAGUGAAGAUAGCUACCUCUAUGAAGAUGAAAUAGCAGAUCUUAUGGAUCUGAGACAAGCCUGUCGGACGCCCAGCCGAGAUGAGGCUGGGGUCGAGCUGCUGAUGAGUUACUUCAUCCAGCUGGGGUUUGUUGAGAGCCGAUUCUUCCCACCCACCCGACAAAUGGGGAUCCUGUUUACCUGGUAUGACUCCCUCACGGGGGUUCCGGUUAGCCAACAGAACUUGCUGCUGGAGAAGGCCAGCAUUCUGUUUAACAUUGGAGCCCUCUACACACAGAUCGGGACCCGGUGCAAUCGACAGACAGAAGCUGGGCUGCAGAGCGCAGUGGAUGCCUUUCAGAGAGCCGCAGGGGUUUUAAACUACCUGAAAGAGACGUUUACUCACACUCCAAGUUACGACAUGAGUCCCGCCAUGCUCAGUGUGCUGGUCAAAAUGAUGCUCGCGCAAGCCCAAGAAAGCACGUUUGAGAAAAUCUGCCUUUCUGGGAUCCAGAACGAGUUCUUCAUGCUGGUGAAGGUGGCUCAGGAGGCUGCCAAGGUGGGAGAGGUCUAUCGGCAGCUGCACACGGCCAUGAACCAGGAGCCAGUGAAGGAGAACAUCCCAUACUCCUGGGCCAGCUUGGCCUGCGUGAAGGCCCACCACUACGAAGCCCUGGCCCACUACUUCACAGCCACCCUCCUCAUCGACCACCGGUUGAAGCCUGGCACAGAUGAGGACCACCAGGAGAAGUGCCUGUCCCAGCUCUAUGACCACAUGCCAGAGGGGAUGACGCCCUUGGCCACGCUGAAAAACGUUCACCAGCGCCAGCAGCUGGGCAAGUCCCAUCUGUGCCGAGCUGUUACCCAUCACGAGGAGUCCGUGAGGGAGGCCAGCCUGUGCAAGAAGCUCUGGAACAUCGAGGUGCUGCAGGAGGUGCUGUCUGCGGCACACCAGCGGUCCCGGCUCAAGUACACUCAGCUCCGUGAGGACUAUGACCUGCUGUACUUGAUCGACGUUCCCGACAUCAUCUCUAAAACUGAGCGAGAGGUUGAAAUUAUACCGCCACAGUUCUCCAAGGUGACAGUAACGGACUUCUUCCAGAAGCUGGGCCCUUUAUCUGUGUUUUCGGCUAAUAAGAGAUGGACGCCUCCUCGAAGCAUUCACUUCACUGCAGAAGAAGGAGACUUGGGGUUCACCCUGCGAGGAAACUCCCCAGUUCAAGUCCACUUCCUGGAUCCGUACUGCUCUGCUGCGCUGGCAGGAGCCAAGGAAGGGGAUUAUAUUGUUUCCAUUCAAGACGUGGAUUGUAAGUGGCUGACUGUGAGUGAGGUUAUGAAGCUGCUGAAGAGCUUUGGCCAGAACGAAAUUGAAAUGAAGGUCGUGAGCCUCCUGGAUGCCACGUCGUCCAUGCAUAGUAAAUGUGCCACAUACUCUGUGGGAAUGCAGAAAACUUACUCCAUGAUCUGCUUAGCCAUAGAUGAUGAUGAUAAAACUGAUAAAACCAAGAAAAUCUCGAAAAAGCUGUCCUUUUUGAGUUGGAGCACCAACAAGAACAGACAGAAGUCAGCGAGCACCUUGUGCCUCCCAUCGGUUGGGGUCAGCGUUGCGGGGCCUCCGGUCAAGAAGAAGCUCCCCUCUCCGUUCAGCCUUCUCACCUCCGACAGUUCUUUGUACUAACGUGAGGAAACAAAAGCGUUUCCCAUGCUGACUGGGCCUUCAUAUUUGUGCCAUAGCAGAAAAUUUCUAAAUAUUCUCAAAUCCCAUUUUCUCACAGCGUAAACCUACAAUUGAUAUGUUUUUAUGAAUGACAGUAACAAGAAACCUCUAGAAAUUUGUGGAAAACAAACUUACUAGGGGAGUCUCACCAUAUUGCUGCAAGUUAUUUAUUAUAUAUUGUAAAUAGAAUAAUGUGGAAAUAUGGCUGUUUUUAACGACUGUAAUUAAGACUCUUAGUUACUUACUGUCAGAGUUAAAUUAGGAUUUCCUAUACUGGUCCUAUUUGUAAGUUUCCAGACUUGGGUGAUAGAUAGAUAAUUCCUUAACUCAGAAUUCAGAUGACCCCAAAUUAAGGUAGGGCAAGGGACAAUAAUGAUAGACUUAAAUUAGUGUUAGUAAAAACUGUCCCAAAGAGCUCCUUCCUAAGGGGAAUUCAUUAACCUAAAACAAGAUUUUACUAUUAUUUCUAAAUAACAUGAAUGCUGUUUCCAGAUAAAGUCUAGUGCCAAAUUUGUCAUGACUUAUUAGAUAAAAAACCAUUUAGGAGCAACUUUUCUUCUAUUUUAUGUCAUUUAAAAGUCGCUAACACAGUGGCAGUGUUAGAUGAAGAUGCUGUCUACAAGGUAGAUAAUAUACUGUUUGAUACUCAAAACAUUUUUCAUUUUGUUUAAAGUAGAAAGUACAUAGUUGUAUAUUUUAAGAGUCUUUAAAAAGGGUUAAAAACAUUGUAUAAGGUCAGGAUGUAAAUGAUUCAAGUUUAGAGCUCUAUUUGACUUUUUAAAAUGACAUUCUUACCAACUGAUUUUUCUUGCUACACGUUGGAUGACACUGUGAUCUAAUAAGAUUCACUGUUGGCAUAGUACAAGUUAUAUAGCUUUUAAAAAUAUAUCAUUGAGGGCUUCCCUGGUGGCGCAGUGGUUGAGAAUCUGCCUGCCAAUGCAGGGGACACGGGUUCGAGCCCUGGUCUGGGAAGAUCCCACGUGCCGCGGAGCAGCUGGGCCCGUGAGCCACAAUUACUGAGCCUGCACGUCUGGAACCUGUGCUCCGCAACAAGAGAGGCCGCGAUAGUGAGAGGCCCGCGCACCGCGAUGAAGAGUGGCCCCCACUUGCCACAACUAGAGAAAGCCCUCACACAGAAACGAAGACCCAACACAGCCAUAAAUAAAUAAAUAAAUACUUAAAAAAAAAAAAAAAUCAUUGACAUGUAAUUUUGAGAAUUAACAAACUUAAAUAUUUUCUAGUGUGUAAUAUCAAAAGGGAAGCAACCAUAUGUGGGAAAGUGUAUCCAUUGCUCUUAGGGCUAUUUUUGUAUAAAUAUUUACAUA